UUUACUGGAUUAGAGACCCAGUUUAAAACGGUAACUGUGAAGUGAAAGUACGUAUUUUGACUUGGAGAAAAAGGUUGUCCUGAUCAUGAAAAGCAAAUCAUCUGACCCCCGAACUUCUUCAUUUCCUAAAAAAAGAAAGAUGAAAGUAGAGUCAUCUCCAACCAGUUCAUCAGAGGAGGAAUCAUACACAGAUCCAGUCGAUCGUUGUGAACGGGUACUUGUGAAUGGACAGGAACAUGUUUAUUUCCCGGCCACUAAAUGGGACUAUGACGACCUCAAAAAACUAAACAUUUUCUUUGAUAAGACACCUGAACCUUUGGAGGAGUUUAUGAUAGAAGUGAAAGAAGACUUUGUGAGAAAAUGUGAUUGUCCAGAUUUUAGUGACAGUUGUAGAACUUUCAGCCAAAUGCUUAAAGAGUCUGUUGCUUUUUCUUGUGAUUUACAGACAGUUGGGCAGUUAAGUAAACACAUGUAUAAAAACAAAAAGGCCGUAGAGCAGAAGAUGAUCGAUGCAAUAGAAAGUUAUGUACAAAAGGCAGCAGAAGUUGAGGAAGAUUUGGAUUUGAAUGACUUAUUAAACAGAAAAUGGAUGCCAGCUGUGAAGAGAUUUGCAGAGGAAACUUUAAAGCUGAUAAAGAAGUCACUGUAUCCUUUGGAGGAAGGGGACAUGCUCUCUCUAAAAAUAGAACAAGAGAAGGAGAGGGGGAGAACUAUUGGACAGGAAAGGAAAGAAAAGUCACCUGAUAUGAAUACAGAUUGUUUUGGAAGUUUCUUUAAGCAUUUUUCCUCUGUAUUUGGACAGAUGUUUUUCUUGGAGCCAGAUCCAGUGAGCAGGAAGACCUUUUACUGUAUGGAUAAGUUGGUGGACAGUACUCCUGAUUUGUGUUACUUGAUCCACAGAGAACCUGUCCCUGGGGUCAUUGAUACUCCUGAUUCUAUACUGACAGUCACUCAGUUAAAAUCGACAGAUAAACUGAGCAGUGAUUCUUCUCUAUCUUUGGAAGAGCAGUUGGGUUCCAGGGUAUUAGGGCAGGUUGGAACAAGCCUUUUUGCAGAAACAAAUUUUUCUUUGUUAAAACCAAAUACUCUUGGGAUCCUAUGCUUAGAAACAAAAAUUAUUUUUGUGUACCUGAAGUUACCAGAUGAACAUUACGUGAAUGUCCUUUUAAAGACACCUUUGACCACAAAAGGAAGGAUUUCCUAUACCCAGCCAUUUGAUAUGUUAAAUGCGGAGGACAGGUCCAAAAUUGCAGAUUUCUUGUAUUUCUUUGGAUGUCUCCAAAACAAAAUUAAAUGCUGAUUUUCAAAUUCAAAA